UCAUUUCCUGUUGUAUAUUUCCGGUUUCCCAAAAUCAAGCAAACUUACGGCGGUAAGUUUCUUUUCCUCGUCUCCCUUUCCAUUGUUAUUUUCUGGAGUGUUGUUUUCUGGGCGGAACCGAUUAAAUGACAGACGACCUUUCAUCGUCGGUACCUGUUACCGGAGAGAUAUUUACCGUUUCUUUUUCGUCCAGUCCUACGAGCAAGUCUCCAGGUAUCUUCGCGUCACAAGCCAGAGGAAAGAAGCGUCCUGCAAGUCCGGGACACAGCGGCGGUCCGGUCCCAGGCGGUGUUGUCGUCUGCCUCGGCAGCAGCGCAAAGAAGAAGAAGAAGCUGGUCAUUCCCGGCGGCCUGAAUGUCCCCUCUGCACCGCCGCCAGUACCGGUGCAGCAGCAGGUUCUGGCUCCUGAAUCAUCUGCUGAGAACAAAACCUUGGUUGUGGACACUAGCGUAACACUGCCAGAGGCAUCUGUAAAACCUGUGCCUUUCAAAGACCCAAGCUUUGUGCACUCUGGGAUCGGCGGUGCAGCAGCUGGGAAAAAAAACAGAACCUGGAAGAACCUGAAGCAGAUUCUUGCUGCUGAGAAGACAUUGCCAUGGCAACUGAAUGAUCCAAACUAUUAUAAUAUUGAUGCUCCACCCUCAUUUAAACCAACUAAGAAGUACUCUGACAUUUCUGGACUUCUGGCAAAUUACACAGACCCUCAGACUAAGCUACGGUUUAGCAGUUCUGAGGAGUUCUCUUAUAUAAGGAUGCUCCCAGUGGAUGUGGUGACGGGAUACCUCGCCUUACGCAAAGCAACAUGCAUUGUUCCAUGAUUCUGCAAAUCUUGACAGUGCACAGUCUACUAUGAGUUUCCACACUGAUAAAAAAGAUGGAAUGAAAAAAAAGAAAAAGCUGAUAAUAUUUGUUAUAAAGUGAAAACCUAUUAGGAAGUUAUAACUCAAGUCAUGGUGCCCUGAUAGCAGGCAGUGCUUAUCUUUGCAGGGCAGCUGGGUUGAUUUGCUAAUCCUCUCUCUCUUACAUAAUCUUCCUAUUGCUUAAGUAUGAUUGGCACUUUAAUAGGUACCAGCGAGACAGCAGAAAUGAAGUAUGUAAAUGAGUAUAUGUGUAAUUUGUACAUGGUGAGGGAGAAAAGGCAUGAGGUGUGAGGGAGUGCGAUUCUAGCUUCCAUUCUUUGUGACAGAAAAUGUUAUUAUGAAUGACCUGGUAAUUUAGGGUUAUUGGCAUUCCCAAGCACUAAUUACAGUCAAGCUUUAUCUUAAUGGAUUUGAAACGGCUUCCAGAAACUGCUGACAAAACGUCUCCCUGCUGUUUUAAAUGCAGAAGACAAAUAGAUGUGUGACAACAUAAUCUUAACCCACUGUGGUGAGGCGUCCAUGCUGUUAUGAUCCUCUUUGCAGGGUCUGGGCACACUGGGGACUGAGGCAGUCAAAAAUGUGUUCACUUGUGUCUUUUACAGUGAAUCAGUUAUCUGUUAAUUUGUAUAUACAUUUCUUAUUUAUGUUAUACGUGUAUUAAAAUGUUGAGGUUUUUAAUUUUAUUUGUGUUUUUUUUUUAUUUAAAGGCCAAUAAAACUAGAAAUAUAUUCAAUUUGAUACUGUUUAUGUACUGUUAUCAUAAACCUUAGUAUUUGACUAGUACAGUCUCUUGUAUUGAAAAUAAUUCAUAUUUCUCUUUAGAUUUGAUUUGUAAGGAUUAAUGUUAUGCUAAUUAAGCCAACAGUGAAUUAUUUAAUUUCAGUGGCGCCUUUUGAUUAAAUGCAGUCUUUGUUAUCAUUGCUUAGUACAGUAAAACAGUUUUAAUUUAUGUCUCAUAAGCUUAUAUUAUAUUUAAUUGCUUUAACAGCAUAAAUGUAUCCCAAGGCAUUAAUGAGCACAGUUAAAUAAGUCAAUAAAAAUCGUAAGAAAUAAGUUACCAUA